CUCUCCAGCUCCUUCACCCUCACGCCCCAUUGUGCCUCUCUCGACCCAUGGCCAUUGGGAGCUGACCGCCCCCACCCACGCUCCCUCCCGGGGGGGGGCUGCGGAUGGGGGUCCUGCCCCCCUAGAUGCCGCCCCCCUCCGCAUGGCUCCGGCCCCCACCCCCGGCUUCUCCUAGCGGACCGGAGACACAAUGGUGGCCCGCAGCACGGACAGUCUGGACAGGACGGGGGAUGGGCCGCUCCGCCCUCUGGGGAACACAGCCGCCAGUGUCAAGGGGAAAGCCCCCAAGAGGCUGUCCAUCACCCGAGCCCAUUUCCCCAAGCUGGCUGAAUGCGCCCACUUCCACUACGAGGCCGUGGACUUUGGACACAUCCAGCUCCUGCUGGCCUCCGAGCAAGGGGAGGGGCUGCCCGGUACCCUGGGGGACAGGGAGCUGCUCUUCAUCGUCCAGGUCACCUGCCGGGGGAAGACAUGGCCUGUUCACCGCAGCUACGAGGAGUUCUGCAGGCUGGACGGGCACCUGCACUGCUGCAUCUUCGACCGCCGCUUCUCCCAGCUGCCCGAGCUGCCACCGCCCUGCCAGGCCCGGGGACAGGCUGAGAUGCUGGCCCCUGUCCUGCGGCAGUACCUGGAGAAGCUCUCGGCCAUUGUGGACAGCAACAUUAACUGCGGGCCUGUCCUCACCUGGAUGGAGAUCGAUAAUCAUGGCAACCGGCUGCUGGUGAACGAGGAGGCCUCGAUCAAUGUCCCGGCCAUUGCGGCCGCCCACGUCAUCAAGCGCUACGCGGCCCAGGCCCCUGACGAGCUGUCCUUCGAGGUCGGGGACAUUGUGUCGGUAAUCGACAUGCCCCCCAAGGAGGAGGUCAGCUGGUGGCGAGGAAAGCACGGCUUCCAGGUCGGUUUCUUCCCCAGCGAGUGUGUUGAGCUCUUCCCGGACCGCCUGGCGCCAGAGCUCAAAGCAGACACAGAUGGGACAGGCGCCAGCAUCCCUGGGGUCCUCACGCCUCAGGGGCCCCUCUCCCCCACGUUGGUGUGUAAGAAGCACGGGAAGCUCCUCGGUUUUCUUCGCACCUUCAUGAAGUCACGGCCCAGCAAGCAGCGACUGAAGCAGCGCGGGAUCCUGCGUGAGCGCGUCUUCGGCUGCGACCUGGGGGAGCACCUCCUGAACUCGGGGCAUGACGUUCCCCAGGUCCUGCGCUGCUGCUCAGAGUUCAUUGAGAAGCACGGCAUGGUGGACGGGAUCUAUCGCCUCUCGGGCGUCGCCUCCAACAUCCAGAAGCUGCGGCACGAGUUCGACAGCGAGCGGGUGCCGGAGCUGGGCCGGGCGACCUACCUGCAGGACAUCCACUGCGUGAGCUCCCUGUGCAAGCUCUACUUCCGCGAGCUGCCCAACCCGCUGCUCACCUACCAGCUCUACCACAAGUUCGCGGAAGCUGUGGCGGUGCCCGGCGAGGAGGAGCGCCUGGUGCGGGUGCAUGACGUCAUCCAGCAGCUGCCACCGCCCCACUACAGGACCCUGGAGUUCCUACUGCGGCACCUGGCGCGAGUAGCCACACACAGCCCAGACACCAGCAUGCACGUCAAGAACCUGGCCAUCGUAUGGGCCCCCAACCUGCUCCGGUCGCUGGAGCUGGAGGCUGUGGGGCUGAGCGGGGCGGAGGCCUUCCACGAGGUGCGGGUCCAGUCCGUGGUGGUCGAGUUCCUGCUCAACCACGUCCAGGUGCUGUUCAGCGACAAAUUCACCUCCAUCGGCAAGGACAGCGCAGCCCCCCAGCCGGCGCCCCGGAAGCUGGCCUGGCCCCCCAAGACCGGCCGGCUGCUCACCCUGCCCGAAGCCCUGAGCAAGGCCCAGAGGGAGCCGGAGACGCAGCAAGACGGGGUGGGGGGUGCCCCGGAGGCGCAGGGGGACUGAGGGGGCAGGGGGGGUCAUCCACCCCCCCCCCCCGAUCAGAUUCAUGGACCCAUGCACACCCUCUAUCACGCCCCCUCCCUGCCGCUCACGGGCCCCUUUAGCCCGGUAUCCCACCCCAUCCCUGCCGUCCACGAGCCCCCGU